UUCACUACUCGCAGCGGGUGUCUCCUGUUCUUAUCGGUUAAAGAAGAAACUUGAACCUCUACAGUUUAAUUGAAAGAGUCAUAUAUGGAGAAACGAUUGAGACUACUUCGAGUCAAGGUAAACCAUUCUUGGCAUAUUCUUGUGAUUUUGAAGUUGGGUUGUCAAUCUAAACCUAACUGCCAUGUUGUAAAUUGAAUGGUUGAGUUUGGAGGAAAACGCAGAAAUACGAAGGGAAUGGGACCCAGAAGCUUGAGGAUGAAGAGAAGUGGGAACCUAUAUUUUUAGGCUCUGCUCGUGGAUUAUUAAUGAAGAUUUCACAUGAAAGGUUGUUGCAGGUUGUUACAUACUCCAAAACCCAAAUUGGGUUUUAGACAGAAAACUGAAUAUAAAAGUUUCUAGGUAUAUCUUGAGUCAUUGAUUACCAGAUUUUCACCAUGGGGGGAGCUUGUUCUAGGAAGAGAAACCAUCGAGAUGAUGAAGAUAAUUUUCCUAGAGGGAUUUCCAGAAGAUAUUCAAAAAGUGGGAGUUCAAAGUGCUUGGCAACCUCCUUCUCUCGACCUGCUAUAGAUAUUCAACAUGAAAAAGGGCAAUGCCCAUCCCUCAUGGACUUCUACGUACGGCAAAUAUGUGAGCGUGCAAGUGCCAAGGAACUGCUAAAGCACUGCUUUAUUAGGACUGCUAGGAAGAGUCCAAGACUUGAGAGAAUAAGGAUUUUUGGGUGUGAGAACUCUAGCUGGAGAACAAGAGGAUGAUGGACAGUUCUAUUAGAGAAACAGAGAGGACAAGCCUUUUGAGGGCAUGAGAAGAAACUGGUUUGAGGUUAAGAAAAGUGCUAAGCAAGGGCAGAAGGAAGUGGACUAGUACAAUAUGUUUCUGGCCUUGAUGUUUUUGGGCUUUAUGUUUAGGUAGGGUUAUUAUGUUAAUGUUGGGGUGAUAAUGGAAUGAAUU